AUCAUUUAAAUUACAUUUGCCCCAUUUCAGCACACGUUGUUUUAAUGAUCUUUCCGUUUUUUUCGUUCCAUAUGCGCAUCAACUUCGUCAUGAUGUUGCCUUUACGUCAAUCUCUGUGACCGCGCUGUGCUGAGGUUGUGAGCGAAGCUGUUUUUUUCCUCUGUCGGAUUUACUGUCCGCGAGUUGCGUAACCCUCAAUCUGAACCUCCUGCUCACAAACGUGUUCUGUGGGGGGAGGGGGAUGUGCGCAUGCGCCCUGGGUCCCAGUUCAGGAAGUGCUUCUCAUAAGCAGCUGAUGGCUCGAGCUGUCCUGUUCCGGUGAGAGAAAAGGCUUAACGACGAAAAGAAAAGCCGAAAAAGAAAUGACUCCAUCGGCGUAGUCAAACACUGCCAGCGAGGACGGACAAUCUGGGAUGUGUAGAGCAAUACGUGCCGUUUUCUAAGACCUUAAUGCUGUGUCUUCAGCUGAAAAGUGUCCGCUUUUCGCUGAUUUUCAAGGACCGGUAGGUUGUCGGGUGAUCUAACAAUGAAGGCCUAACCAACCUCCUCCUGAACUACUCUGGGAUUUGAUCCUGAUCGGGGAGAUCUGUGGACAGAUAACUGCGCAUCUGUGGAUAAGGUCUGAGUGAUGUCGUCUCAGCUGCAGGUCUUCUCCCCCCCCUCCGUCUCCUCGUCCGCGUUCUGCCGCGUUAAGAAGAUGAAGGUGGAGAGCUGCGGCUGGGAGGUCUCCGCGGCGGCGGCGGCGUCCGAUGCGUACGUGAGCUCCGUGGGCGGGGCCUAUGGCUUCACCCCGGCGGCGGCCGCAGCGCUGCCCUUCUCGUCGGGGCUGGUGUUCCCCCAGUCGGCCCCAGGGGGCGCCAGCGGGGCGUCCAGGGGGCAGGUGGUGGUGAGGGCGGCCGACAGCACGGGCAGCAGCAGCCUCCCGCGUCACCAUGACAACCCCCGCUCCUCUCACCACGGCAACAACACAAACAACAACAACAACAGCAGCAGCAGCAGCGGCGGCGGUGGCGGUAGCAGUGGUGGUAGUCACGGCAACAGCCACCACGGCAACUCCUCGUCUCACGGCAACAACAACAGCAGUCGGGGGGCUCAGCGUUACGGCAGCAGCAGUGGCAGCCGGGGGGGUCAGCAGCAGCAGCAGCGGUACGGAGUCAAGCGCAAAGCAGAGGAAGUGGACUCGUCUAGAGGGGGAGGGGGAGGGGGGAGCGGCAGCGGCAGCGUCCAGAUCCUGGAGGAACUCUCCGCGCCGCCCGCCUUCUCCGCCCGCAACAACAACAACAACAACGGCGGCGGCGUCACCGGCGGCAACCACACGGGCCAAUCCACGGCCCACACCACCAAGAGCAGCUCGUCCAAUGGGGAGGGGGACUACCAGCUGGUACAGCACGAGAUCCUGUGCUCCGCCUCCACCAGCUACGAGGUUCUAGAGUUCCUGGGACGCGGAACCUUCGGGCAGGUGGCCAAGUGCUGGAAGAGGGGAACCAACGAGAUCGUGGCCAUCAAGAUCCUCAAGAACCAUCCCUCCUACGCGCGCCAGGGGCAGAUCGAGGUGAGCAUCCUGAAGUGUCUGAGUGCGGAGAACGCUGACGAGUUCAACUUUGUGCGUUCGUACGAGUGUUUCCAGCAUAAGGGCCACACCUGCCUGGUGUUCGAAAUGCUGGAGCAGAACCUGUACGACUUCCUGAAACACAGCAAGUUCAGCCCGCUGCCCCUCAAGCACAUCCGGCCCGUACUGCAACAGGUGGCGACGGCCCUGAUGAAGUUAAAGUCUCUGGGUUUGAUCCACGCGGACCUGAAGCCGGAGAACAUCAUGCUGGUGGACCCCCUACGGCAACCCUACAGGGUCAAAGUCAUCGACUUCGGCUCCGCCAGUCAUGUGUCUAAAGCCGUCUGCUCCACUUACCUGCAGUCCCGAUACUACAGAGCUCCUGAGAUCAUUCUUGGUCUUCCGUUCUGUGAGGCGAUCGACAUGUGGUCUCUGGGCUGCGUCAUCGCCGAGCUCUUCCUGGGAUGGCCUCUCUACCCAGGGGCCUCGGAGUACGACCAGAUCCGGUAUAUCUCCCAGACCCAGGGGCUGCCGGCUGAGUACCUGCUGAGUGCCGGCACCAAGACGAGCCGCUUCUUCAACAGGGGAACAGACUCCUCAUACCCUCUCUGGAGACUCAAGACUCCGUCUGAGCACGAGGGGGAGAUGGGCAUUGUGUCCAAGGAGGCGCGUAAAUACAUCUUCAACUGCCUGGAUGACAUGAUGCAGGUCAACAUGUCUUCUCACCUGGAGGGUACGGACAUGUUGGCUGACAAGGCCGACCGGCGCGAGUUCAUCGACCUGCUGAAGCGGAUGCUGCGAUUGGACGCCGACAAGCGAAUCACGCCCUCUAAAACCCUGACACACCCCUUCACCACCAUGAGCCACCUGCUGGACUUCCCUCAUAGCGCACAUGUCAAGUCGUGCUUCCAGAAUAUGGAGUUGUGUAAGCGGCGAGGGGGUGGGGCUUCUGCCUCCACUUCCUACGACAGCAGCAAGACGCUAUUCGCCAACGCCGUUCCAAGCUCCGCCCCCAACCUCACCGUCACCUUCAGCAGCCAACUCAACCAGCACAACCAGGUCCCGUCCGCAGGGGGUGCUGUUCCUCUCCUGAACUACCAGCCUGCUCUCUAUCAGCAGGCCACGAUCAACAUCCCGGGACUCACCCAGCCGCCCCUCCCCCUCCCCACACACACACACGCACACACACACGCACACGCCCGCACACACACGCACACACACACCACCCAGCUCUGCACGCAGCCGGAACCCUUCCAGCAAACACUCAUCGUCUGCCCUCCCACUACUAUACAAGGUACACACACG